UUUUGUUGUCUGAAAGAAGUUAAGGAAGCCAGUCACGCCAAUACGCUUGUUUUCAAGGAAUUAGCUUCUUAAAUAUCUACAUAAAUGGACAUUACGUCGUUUCUGUGAAAAAAGUGUGUUAGGAUUACUAAUAUUGUCAGCGAUAAACGAGAACGUGCUUGCUUAAUAUAGGAUAUACAUGUAUCUGGAUCUUGUAACAACAUUGAAAUUUGUUUGAAAAAUAUCUUUAAAUAUUGAAGAAUAGCAAAUAGCUAUAGUGGAUAUAGUUGUGCUUUGCAACAGUAUAUGAGCAGAUCAGGAGAUUAUAUUUACAUUUUCAUAGAAAGCUCUCUGUAUAUAUGCUCUUGCACGGAAAAAAAGGCGGUUCAAUGUCACGGUGUUUUUUCGUGUAAGUUGAUUAGACCAUGGCGCCGUUAAGCCUUAGCAGCAUGCUAAUUUCCAAUCAGAUAUAACAUUAAAACCUUUAUUAUAUUGCGAGUGUUUUGUCAUUACUAGUAUUUUCUAAACGAAUUCGUUUGUUGUUUUAUGUCUGCGGAACUACGCGCAACACACGUAAAAAAAGUAAAACAUACACUAAAGCAAGCUCUACAGGCUUAUUGUGGUUUGAUUGUAUUUAUGGUGAUAAUCGGAGUGCGAAUGUAACGCUAACACAUGUGUAAUCACUUAAGCGUCAACAAUUGUUUCCAAACAUCAAACAGUCAGUAAAUACCACACUUCAAAUAUAACAGUUGCAGAUGUACAAGUUUGUACCAGAGAUUGUUUUCCUGGCGGAAGUAGCUCAGUUUUUGCAUAAUCAGGAUACAUUUUCAAUAAAUUAAACAUUUUGCUAUUGAUUAAAUAUCAUAUAUUGAUAUAAAAACAAUAAAUAUUCAAACUGUAACAAACCUAUUGGGGGAAAGUACUUUUCUGUUGUUGUUGUUUUCUUUUUCGUGAAUUUCUGUUAAAAGGAUUUUUCUAUGUUUCUGGCUGUUUACGAAAUAAAUAUUCGUUGGUUUUAUCUGCGCUCCGUUUGAUGUUUUAAUUCGAAUCUAGAACCACUUUACCUUGACGACAAAAAUUCACAGAAAUCGAAACACACAUGUAGGGAAACAAUACCCAAAGAUGCUGUUAAAACCUUUAAUUAUUAAUUAAUAUCCUUCAUACUGUGAAACACAACUCAUAUAUUCCAAUUUUAUUGCACUUUACAGCUCGGCAGGAUGUAAUUCGCGCAAGUACUGGUUAAGCAAUUAUUUGACUGACAGUGCUUUGGAAAAUACAGAAACGUUUAAAGAGAUAGAUAGUGUUUGCAAUUUGAAUCAAAUGAAUGCUGCUUUUAUAUUCAUUAUUAGAUAUAUCUCAAUUGCUUUUGCUGGUUUAUCUAAAAGUAAUCAUUCAAAUAAAUAUAACAUUUACGCGAAGAAAAUGAGUACUUAGCGUGGAGGAACAUUAUAUGAAGGAUUAUAUAUUGAAUCAGAGUUUGUUCUCGAAGACCGAGAAAUUUCGCAAAUGUCGAGGUAAUUAACAAGAUCUAUGAUUGACCAAGAAGAGCGUUAUCACGAAUAUUACUGCUAGUAGUUCUCUGGCGCUUAUAUCGUCAGUAGCAGAGGGAUUUGAUGGGAAAGAUAAGCUUUUUCCGUUGCAUUAGAAAAAGAAAAGAAAAUUAGAAAUUGGUAUUAAAGCGACGUAAUGAGACAUGAUAGCGUGACAAGUAUUUCCUCAUUGUGUUCUUUAUAGAAAAAGAGAGAAAAAAAAUAAUAAAAAAUUUCUUACACAGGAUUGCUUCAGAUGGAUCAAGAUUGUGUUUAUAUAUAAGUUUUAUUAUUAGACUUACAGUGUUUACUUGGGAAAUAUUUCGGGAAUUUUUUCGCAAAUUUGGAAUAUCAGUGAAUAGAUUUAUAAGGCUUGUGUAUCAGUGAAGCGAAGUGGAAUUUUAUGUGUAUUUCUGAUUUUUAAUCGAUGAUCUAAUCUCAAAAUAAUUGAAAACACAGAAGUGGUCUAGACGCCGUGAUCAUUCACAAAAUAAAGAAUAUCCCAUUUGAAUAGGGCAUAUUGAAUUGCCGAGGGUACAAUGCUUCACCGAAAAUACCAAUCGCUCGUGAUUGAAGAGUUAGCGUCAGGCGAAUGAACACAAGAUAUACGUCAGAACGAGUUAUAAAUUUUUAUUCAGUCAAUAAUUUCGUAUGAUAUAUCGGCGCAGUUAAAAGUCGGUUUUAAAUGAAAUAUUUACCAGAAAUGAUACGUAAUUACAUAGAUAAUCUAAACAGAAGUCAUUUAUUUCUUGGUAAAACAUACAUAUAGAUUACAGUUCUUAAAAAAGGCACCUGAGCCUACAUGUAUGCAUGCUACGAGCUAAAUACACAAUAUACAUUGAUAUAAUGUGGCGCGGUAGCUUACUGUUUACCAGUACCUUUUCUGUGGAACUUUGACCGCAAAUAUAUCAUUACGCCAAACGAAAAUUCAGAACAAUAUAGACAUGGGGACAAGAUUUAUUGUAAUUUCUAUUGGACUUCUUUUAAUCAUAGAAGCACAAAGUCAAUAUUAUGAAGAAGAACAACAUCAGUAUUAUCCGAAACUCUCAGGAAUCUGUACGUUAGAUAGAACUUACUUGGGCGAUCGUAAGAUUGCUAUGCGCGAUGGAACGGAAGUGCAAGGGAUGAAGGUCAAAUUUAAGCCCGCGUGUGGGCUCAGAGACGUAGAUGAGUACCGCGGGCUUCAAUAUGCCGAACUUAUGAUUUCUGACAAGCAGAUUCUUAGGUUCCUUCCAAACAGAGACCUUGGAAGGCCUGUAACUAAUAAAGAUAAUAAAAUAAGAUUUGCUACAUCAUAUAAAUCGGUUUGUCCUCAAAAAGUAAUGGGAGAGGUCUUAAAGAUCUGGGACGGAAUACCUGAAAAAAUACGUGAACGCUGGGUAAACAUUGGAAAAUUCACAGGAAAACAAGAAGAGGGAUGUCUUUGGCUAAACCUUUUUGUGCCCUAUAUAGAAUGGAACGAGACCGAGAAGCUUCCGGUAAUGAUUUUUAUUCAUGGCGAGUCGUACGAAGUUGGAACAGGCAAUGCUUACGAUGGAAGCGUUCUUGCAAGUUACGGAGGGGUAAUUGUGAUAACUGUCAACUACAGGCUUGGAGUUCUAGGAUUUUUGAGUACUGGUGACUCUAACGCCGAGGGAAAUUAUGCUCUGUGGGAUUUGUUGGCAAUACUGUUUUGGGUGAAGCAAAAUAUUGACCGAUUCGGCGGGGACGCAGGCAGGGUCACGCUGUUCGGACAUGGUCACGGCGCUGCAUUAGUGAACGUUCUUCUUUUUACCGAAAGUGUCACAAAAAUGAAUUUAUUUAACAAUGUGAUUCUCCAGAGCGGGUCUGCUUUUAGCACAUGGGCAAGAUCAAUCGACCCAGCUCAUUGUGCCAAACUUAUAGCGCGCAAUGUAAACUGUUCACAUGCUGUCAACAACACAAAAGCUUUGGUCGACUGCUUUAGGGAGCGCACUGUCGAUGAACUGGUACGAAGUGUACCAAUGACGCCAAAAUACUACACAUGCUUUGCCCCAAGCGUUGGAUCCGGAGGAAUAUUCCCUGCGGGACAUACCUUAGAAUCCCUCAUUGAUUCCCGGCGUUCAAAGUUUGCGAACACGAAGAUAAUGUUUGGCCUAACACGAAAAGAGGCGUAUUCGUACCUAAAACAAGAGGAAAUAGAAAAAGGCAUAUCAGAAUCACGGAAAAAGCAAAUAUUAAGAACUUACGUACAAAACGUAUACAAGUACAAUCGACAGAAAAUAUACGACAUUUUGCAACACGAGUACACACAAUGGGACAGGCCAACAGACAAUUAUACAAGGCGUGAUGACAUCAUGGACCUCUUAAGUGACGGGCAGUACAAGGCACCACUGAUAAAAAUGGCACAAGAACACGCUAAGACGGCUGAUACGUACCUAUAUUCUUUCGCAUAUUCUACACAAUCUGAAGAUUUCGCUCAAUGGUCUGGGGGCGUACAUGGGGACGAACUGCCGUACAUAUUUGGUGCUCCUUUGGUUGGAGGCUUGUCGCCGUUUCCUACCGUUUACACACCACAAGAGAAAGAACUCAGCAAAUUCAUGAUGCGAAUGUGGACAAAUUUUGCUAAAACCGGCGAUCCGAACUUACCGGAGUGGGAUAACGCAGCUCAAGACCGUAGUGACUCUAGUUUCUUUAAUGAAGAAAGAUGGCCCAAGUACAACUCGAGUUUACAGUCGUUUUUGCAUAUAAGUCGGAAAGGCUCAAAGGUGAAAAACUUUUACCGUGGUAAGGAAACAGCUUUGUGGUUAAAGCUAAUACCUAAGCUGAAUUUUCCAGAAAUCAACAGUACUGAUGCUUCGCAUGAACUCGACAAUGCCGAAAACAUGUCAACAUUUGACGAUCCAACUAGGCUAAUCAGCAAAUUUCACUCUAUAUUCCCUUCCCCACCACCGCCGCCAUACACUCCACCAUACACUCCGCCACAGAGUGACCCUGCGUACGUUACAACUGAGGACGAUAUUUAUGAGAACCCAGGAGGAAGUUUAGAGAGCACAGAUAAACCUAAAAGUCACCUAAACAACCAACGCGCUACAACAACUGCUGCUGGUCCAGUUGUUCCAAAGGUGGAAGGAUCCAAACGCGAUGAUUCAUCAAAUAAUGUUCCAUUGAGUAUAGUCAUUGCUGUAGGGGCAGGAAUUCUGUUUCUAAAUAUUUUAAUAUCCGCAGUGACCUAUUUUCAGAGGAAGAGAAUUGCUAAAUUAAGAGAAGCGAAUGCACAGAAUUUAAACCAUCUCAAUACGGGAGAUGUACAAGACAAUAGAAAUAGUAACACUUAUCGAGGGCGUGGUGGGACGCCUGAGUCUGUAAAUCUUGUGAAUACUUCAGAAACAUUACAGCAACCGAAGGUGGCUUCUUUAAAUCAUAAACCUGUGACAGAUUCACCUCCUGUGUAUACUGCCAUAUCAAAACCCGUGGUGCCUCCACAGGGACCAGGUGGUUAUACAUAUAGUGCAUUAUCUCAAAAAACCUCAUCACCUAUGCAUUCUCAAAAUCAAACAACUUCAUAUACAAACGUUAAUCCGUCGAAAGGGCCUCCAUCCGAAAGUGGUGGAAGCCAGGCCUCGUCGCGGGGCAGUGAUAACAUAGUAAGACCUCACGGACAUAAUAUAACUCCGGAUCGACCGUCUCCGAAAGGAGACCCCAGAACAAAACAUAUAGUCCGAGGAAAUCCCCAGGUGACAUCGAAUAAUGCCAUUACUAUUGUAUAGCGUUCACAGAAAAUGUUGAUUGUUUUAGAAAGUGUUCUGGUUGUUUAAUUAAUAAACAUGCACGUUUAAGCAUAUCAUUUUUGUCCCUUUAGAUAAAACUUGUAUAAUUACGUUUAGAGCACAACAGUUUCAACUUCAUAUAUACAUACUUAUAAAUUUUGUUUGUAUAAAAAUUGUUUUACAUUUUUGCAAGAAGUUUCUAAACACGAUUUUUCCGAAGGAUAACACGGAUAUGUUGUCUGCUCUUUGAUACAUAUUUUGUUUGUAUAAAAAUUGUUUUACAUUUUUGCAAGAAGUUUCUAAACAUGAUUUUUCCGAAGGAUAACACAGAUAUGUUGUCUGCUCUUUGAUACAUAUUUUGUUUGUAUAAAAAUUGUUUUACAUUUUUGCAAGAAGUUUCUAAACACGAUUUUUCCGAAGGAUAACACAGAUAUGUUGUCUGCUUUUUGAUAUUAUUUCAUACAUAUUUUGUUUCGAUAUUUAUUAUAUUUUUUAAAAUUUUUGUGCAGAUUUCAUGAAAAGUGAAAUUCUCUGCAAUAUUUAAAUUAUUAACAUUAUCUGUAUUUAUAUUUCUUAGUUACAUUAUGUAACUCUUUUUGAAAAAAAAAAAACAACAACAAAUAAGUAUUAAAGGGUCUGGUCUCCAAGUUAACAUCAUAUUAUUCUAGUCGUCAAAAAAUUUCAAAAUGUCGGUCUCAGUAUUAAUUGGGUCGAUGAUUUACGCCUCAGUAAAGAAGCAGGUUUAAAUUCGCUCUUUCGCAUUAUAAUCUGUAUUGCGCAUGGAGCAGGGUUAAAUUCACUCUUUCCCAUUAUAAUCUGUAUUGCGCGACCAGAGUUUUGGUAUUUUUCUACACCAUUUACAUUUGUACAUGCAUCUAUAGAUAAGUAUUUCCCGACAUUGCUUUUAUUUUUUUCUAGGACACGGUGAUGGACAUCGUUGUUAUCUAAAACUGAAACACGUUGCCGUAACGUUUAAUUUAGAACACACUGAAAUUCAUUGAGGUCACUUUUUAUCUUUUAUUACAAACAAAAGAAAGCAUUUUCUUAAUUAAAUGAAAUAAGUUUUAAUCUGGAGGCGUGUCCCUUUAUUGCACAUUGUAUUGUGAUAGUCCGCUCCGUAUUUUUCUGUACUCUCUUUAGAGCUCAUUUUUGAAUCAGACGGUAAAUGUACUUUUUAGAGCUCAUUGUUGACAGAGACGGUAAAUGUACUUUUUUAGAGCUCAUUGUAGAUAGAGACGGUAAAUGUCCCUUUGUAGAUAUCUUUAUCUGUUCUACUGCAAUAUUACCGUAAACUGUCGGCUUGCUUUUCGUGGUUAUUGCACUGAUACUUGAAUCUGGGACGCUUAUCAAUAUAUUAUUCUAUAUAUGUCCUGUUUUCGGCUUUGAAUUUGACGCCGUUUUCCAAAAGUAUUUAAGUUAUGUAACAGCGGGCAGUCAACCUAACUAUAAACCAGUACGAACCUGUUUUUCGCAAGUAACGGUCAACUUCUCACAUGCAUCAGUGCUGGAGAACGAAUGAAUUCAGACACCGUGUCUUUUAACAAGGCGUGAUGGAGAACAUGAAGACUCCUCGCCCGGACUUGUGAACCGUAGACAUGUUGUAUCACUAUUGAGAUCAGCUGUGUAUGUAUGUCCUUGUAAUACAGUUCCAGCUUAGACGGGGUGUGAGGGGUUUUGCACUUUCCAUUACCACUCAUGGACAGACACAGUAAAACGAGUCUGCUAAUAGAUGUGUUAUUAUUCAGUAAAGCAUAAUGUGUAAAUCAUGUAAAGAAUACAAUUGUUUCACACAUACAAAAGUAUUUAAGCUGCGCCAUGAGAAAACCAACACAGUGCAUUUGCGGCCAGCAUGGAUCCAGACCAGCCUGUGCAUCCGUGCAGUUCGCUUUCAAAGCAUAUUGCAAUUAGAGAAACCGUUAGCGAACAGACUGCGCGGAUGCACAGGCUGGUCUGGAUCCAUGCUGGUCGCAAAACCACUAUGUUGGUUUUUUCAUGGCACGGCUAAUUUAUUCUGUAUAUUAUCUCAUAGAACAGUGAUUUUACUCUAUUGUGCACUUCAUUUCAUAGUUCUAAUGGGAACAUUUGGUAUAAUUUAGCUCAAACCAUUGUAUAAACAUGAAAUGAAAAGAAAUCUUUUUUGUUUGACAUGUAAGAUCAAAAUAUAGUUUACUCCUGAACACUAAUUGUAACUUUUUAUGAGAGGCUUAUCUGGGACUCAUUCAUAGAAAAAGGUUUUGAAUUUUCACAAAACAAACACAUAGUAUCUAAAACAAUGUAUUCAUAACGUUAAAAGAUAUAUUAGAACCAGAUUUAUAUUUGAAAAUAUGAAUAGUUAUUUCUUAGUAUCUGUAAAAUCCAGAAUAAAAAGUGUACUACUACUAAAACCCUUGAAGUUAAUAUGCUAACAAAUAACAGUUAUACAUAAACUUUAACCCUGCUAUGUUUCUUAAAUGGACUUGUCCAUAAUUCAAUAUGGGCAGUACCAUUUAUUAUUCAAAGGGGUGUUCACUGAAAACUUACUGACUGAAUAGCGAACAGCGCAGACCAUGAUCAGCCUGCACUGAUGUGCAGGCUGAUCUUGGUCUGCACUGGUCGAAAAGGCAGAAUAACUUGCCGCCAGCAGGCUAAAGGUUAAUUGUGAAUUUAGUUAUACAAACACAAUAAGUUUAUCAUAUUUUGUCAGAAUAAUUCUUUUAAUGAAGAGUUUCUAAUUUAAAGUUAGUACCUUGACAUAAAGUAUUUUAAUGACACAGAUGAUGCACUUAGAUUACAGAUUACUUCUAGAGAAUAUUUCUUCAUGUGCUCUAACAGAUGUUCACAAUUUAAUUUUCGUCUUUGCUACAGUUUUGCAUGUUUUUAUGUUACUAGUAGAUCUCUGGACAAUAAAUUUUAGAAUAAAAUGGGUAUGACACUUUGUGAUAUAAAUAUUUUGUAAAUUGUUUUGAUUGGAGUGAAUUUAUAUAUCAUUUAGAUAACUAGGUGUAGCACUUCUAGAUAACAUUCAUAUUUUGAUUUCUAUUUUAUCUAAAUCGAUGUCAACAAAAUGACAUCGGGAAAUUGUUUAACUUAAUUCAAAUAACAUCCAUUUUGUACAUUUCCAUGCCACAUUAAAACAGCACAUCGACAAUCAUAGACGGAAACAUUUUAAAAUUAAAAUCCCAUUUCAGUUUGGAACUUAUAUUAAAUUUAUCUACGGCGAAAUGAAUACUUUUUUUUUUUGUAAUUUUGAAUUUUUCUAAACAAGUUGCGUUUUAAAAUAAGAUUAGUAUAGAUUGUAAACAUUCAAGCUGUUUUUGGUGAAUUAAUACGGAUUUGUAUCUGUCGUACAUCAUAGAUUUUUCAGGGUUUCUUAUCAAUGAGUUUUCUUUACAGUCUUAACCUUUUAAUUUGUUAUAUGUAUUCAUACAUGGAUAUAUCAGACGUAUUGUUUGAUAGAUUUCAAGCUCAAUUUCAAUAAUUUUCUGAUGCCAUGAAGGUAGUUCAUUAUUUGAAAAUAUUUUUUAUUAUAAUGAUUAUUAUUCUUUUCACAUAUUUAGUUAAAGAAGCUACUAGUAUUACAUGACAGAACAUUUACAUGAUGAUUUUUCGAGAUAAAGGUUGAUUUAAUGACUCUUUCUUAUAUUGUUUUGAAGUUGAGAAAUAACGUAAACUAACCUUAAGCACAUUAUUGUUUACGCUUUCAAUGUAACUGAUUUAUAAAACUAAGAUAGUGUUUCAAAUUAUUUAUAUGUUAUUUUAUAAUAUAAUUGUUUUGUUCAUAUUCAUAUGUGUAUAUCUGGUGUAAGUAUUCAUUUUAAACAGAUGAUUCUAUUUAUUUGAUCAACUUAAACGGGUAAGCUGGUUUUAGUCCUGUCCUAGAUGAAAGAAUACACACUUGCCUUUGUUAGCAAGUGCGUACAAUUGGAGAAAAAUGUUUUUUACUGAGGUUAUACGGUAUGUAAGAGACUUUUAGCAAUACUGGAUUGAAAUGGUUUACCUUUCUAGCAUAAAACUGCAGAUGUUGUCACUUUUCGGGGGUGUUUAAACAGGGGAGAAAACAACUUUUUAUAUAAGCAAAGUGAGAACGUCAUUCGGCCCUAAAACGGAUAAUUCAAAAGAAAAUUACGUCAACGUUAAAAAAACAACUCAGAUAUUCUCGCGCAUUUCGUGGAAAUUUAAUGACGUUGAGUGACCGUGUAUUCAUUUAUCGGUUUUUACGCGUUUUAUGCUAGAAUAGCGCAUGUUAGCGCAUGUUUGUUUCGUGUUAUAACAUCUGCAGAAUCCCUUGGGAUUCACGAAACACGAAACACAUGCGUUUUUCCUACUUUGAAAAUGAUUCCAUAAGAUGUCAAGGUGCACGUAAAGUUAAGAAUUGGUGACGGGCCUUAUUUGCAGCGUUCAUGGCUCUUUGUUAAGUUGCGUACUCAGAUACUCGUUAUUUAGAGAACAACCACAACUAAUAUGUUUUUUCUCUCUAAAAUAUAACACCACAAACACAUACAAAAGUAUCCUUUGUUAAGUUUAAAAAGGUAUCACUGUAACAAUUGUUUGUAAAUCAACUAAUUACAGAGCGAAAACUGUUUUUAUUUUGAAUGUUCAAGAUUCAAGUCCUAUAAAUAAAUUUCUUACAAGACACCCAUUUAUAUAUUGCUAAUGAAUGCUCUUACAUUUUCAUAUUUGAUUAUUCCCAUUUUAUCAGUCAUUUUUGUCAUGUUGAAUAGAAUACUUUAAACAUGUUUUGAAAUAAAAGAGAUGUAAAACA